UCCCUAGUGAGUCCACCCCCACUCUCAAUUUCCGUUACUAAAAAUUACAUAAUUAAAUAAAAUAAAUUAAAAUUUUCAAAGUAUCCCCAAAUAAACUUUCAACUUUCCUAGAUCUUCUCUCACUUUUCUCUCUCCUCCGAUCAUGAAGAUGAAACUCAAGUCUACUGCUACUAAUCCUCUCAUUUCUCUCGAACACAAGAGGGAUGCUUAUGGAUUUGCUGUUAGGCCUCAGCAUGUGCAAAGAUACAGAGAGUAUUCUAGUAUUUACAAGGAGGAAGAAGAGGAAAGAUCUGACCGAUGGAAAUUUUUUCUGGAAGCGGUUUCCGAGUCUGUCAAAUUGUCUGCAGAUGGCGUGGCAGUCAAUGCAGUUGAGAACAAAGAAGAUCCCAGGACAUUUGAAGAGGAUGCUAACCAUGAAGCACCAGAUGAGGAUGUUGAUGGCAAUGACACACCCAUUUCUGAAGGUUCAGUUGACAAUGAAGUCCAGAAGCCAGACGUCCCAACAGUAAAAGCUAAGAAGCCUCACAAAGUGCAAAUAUGGUCUCACAUAAGGCCAUCUCUACAUACAAUAGAGGACAUGAUGAGUGUUCGUGUGAAAAAGAGGAGCAAUUUGUCUAGGAAAGGACAGGAUAUCGAUUCUCACAAGAAUCUUAAAUCUAAUGAAGAGGCUAAAUCUUUCAGAGGAGCACCGGAAGACGAUUCGGAAGAAGAAUUCUAUGAUGUUGAGAGAUCAGAUCCUGUUCAAGAUUCCCCUUCUGCUGAUAGUGCUGCCUCAUCCACAACUUCUAGCAUGAUUGAAGGGACCAACUUAAAUUCUAGUUCUCCGUGGAAAGAAGAACUGGAAGUCCUUGUUCGAGGGGGGCUGCCAAUGGCCCUUAGAGGAGAGCUUUGGCAAGCCUUUGUUGGUGUUAAGGCACGCCGAGUAGAGAAGUAUUAUGAUAAUUUGCUGUUUCCUGAAAGUAAUCAUGGCUCGGAUAAAAGAAAGCAAGAAGAAACAAAUGAUAAUGAGACAAGUGUAGAUAGUGCAGGACUACGUGAGAAAUGGACAGGACAGAUUGAAAAGGAUUUACCCCGUACUUUCCCAGGUCACCCUGCUUUGGAUGAGAAUGGUAGAAAUGCUUUAAGGCGGUUACUUAUAGCUUAUGCUCGGCAUAACCCGUCAGUUGGCUACUGCCAGGCUAUGAACUUUUUUGCUGGCUUACUAUUGCUUUUGAUGCCUGAGGAAAAUGCCUUUUGGAGUCUUGUGGGUAUUAUGGAUGACUAUUUUGAUGGUUAUUAUUCAGAAGAUUUGGUCGAGUGUCAGGUGGACCAACAAGUUUUUGAGGAGUUGGUGCGUGAAAAGUUUCCGAAAUUGGUUCACCAUCUCGAUUACUUGGGUGUUCAAGUGGCAUGGGUUACUGGACCAUGGUUCCUUUCUAUUUUUAUGAAUAUGCUUCCAUGGGAAAGUGUUCUUCGCGUUUGGGAUGUGCUCCUCUUUGAGGGUAAUCGCGUUAUGCUGUUCCGCACUGGACUUGCUUUAAUGGAGCUAUAUGGCCCUGCCCUGGUGACAACAAAAGAUGCGGGAGAUGCAGUCACUUUGUUGCAAUCUCUAGCUGGAUCAACGUUUGACAGCAGUCAACUUGUUCUGACAGCUUGCAUGGGAUACCAAAAUGUGCAUGAAGCGAGGUUGCAGGAAUUAAGAGAUAAACAUCGGCCAACGGUGAUAGCUGCGAUUGAAGAAAGAUCCAAGGGCCUUCAGGCUCUUAAAAAUUCCCAGGGUCUAGCUUCCAAGUUAUACAGUUUCAAGCAUGAUCCUGGAUCUAUUAUGACAGACAAAUCAAAAGUUGUUGAUGAGCAGAUAAAUGGCGAUACAACCCACAUGGAAUCAGGUUCAACUACGCCGGAUGAUUUUUUUAUCGGCAUGACAGGAGGUGUGGAUAUUGAUCCUGGUUUAGAUCUUGAAGAGCAGGCAGUAUGGUUGAAGGUUGAGUUAUGCAAAUUGCUGGAGGAGAAAAGAUCUGCAGAGUUAAGAGCAGAGGAGCUGGAGACUGCAUUAAUGGAGAUGGUGAAGCAAGACAACCGUCGACAAUUAAGUGCAAGGGUUGAACAGUUGGAACAGGAGGUUAUGGAGCUCCAUCAAGUCCUGGCUGAUAAGCAGGAGCAAGAAAGUGCCAUGCUACAGGUCUUAAUGCGGGUGGAGCAAGAGCAAAAGGUGACUGAAGAUGCCCGUAGAUUUGCUGAACAAGAAGCGGUAUCCCAGAGACAGGCUGCUGAAUCUCUUCAGGAAAAAUAUGAUAAGGUUGUGGCUUCACUUGCUGAAAUGGAGAAGCGGGUGGUCAUGGCAGAAUCAAUGUUGGAAGCUACACUACAAUACCAGUCUGGCCAAAUGAAAGCUCAACCUUCUCCAAGGCCUGUACAUAAUGAGUCUUCACCUGUACGAAGUAACAUGGAGCCUGCAAUGGACGUACCCGCCAGAAAAAUCACCCUGCUGUCAAGACCUUUUGGACUUGGAUGGCGCGACAAGAACAAGGAAAAGGCCGUGAAUCCUGAAGAGUCAAAUGAUUUAAAGCCUACUGAUGAGGUACAGAGCCCAGUUGUUGAGGAGAAAGAGAUUAAUGGCAAUGGAAUUCCGGAGAAAUCAUAAUUAUCAUGAUUGUUGAAUGUUGAUACAGGUAAAUGUGAAUAGUCUGCAUUGUACUGUCCAAAAGCCAGUUCAGGCGGGCAUACUAAUGUGAGAAUUGAGAUCCCAAUUAGCAUAGGUAAGUCUUGUUCGUAUUUUUUGAUUUGUAGUUAUUCUGUUACCAUUGUAAUGUGUAUAGUGUUCAAUUUUUCAUUUGUUAAUUAUAUAGUAACAAUUACAUUA